GGCGCGCCUGCGCGGUGGCGCCCGCGGUGGUGGCGGGAAGCGCGGCUGAGGUAGCGCGGAGCCGCGGGUCGUGAGGGCCGGGCGGGCCUGAAGCUCUUUCACAGAUCGCAAAAACCGCUGACUUCGUGUUACAGCCCUAUUCCCCACUAAUUCCCAGUGCUGAUCUGGGAAUGGAGCUUGAACUGGGAACUGAUGCCUGUUGAAGCUACCCUGAGGUAAAGGAGGAAAAAAAUAUGGUAACCACAGACUCUUGGUGACAGAAGGAAGUAGACUCUAACUGCUCACAAACACUUCUUGUCGGGAUGCAAUUCCUACAGAUCCUGUCCAGGAAACCAGGGAGCCUGGAAGUGCUUUUUCAAAUACCAUUUUGCCAAAAGCAAUUCCCAUACACAUGUCUGUCUACCUCUGCAUGUGUUUAUAAAAAAAAAAAAGGAAACAGUUAUGACCAAGUUGACCAAGAAAAAUACAAGAACUUGGUCCACUCUGUUAUAUCUUACAAAACCAGCGCCCAAACACCAGAGACAAUACUUGAGGAAGACCAUUUGUUAUAUGGGCCACCAACUAAACACACACCUCCAAUUAAAGCUGGGACAAGAACUCCCAGGAAUUGGGUUCCUUUAAUAAACCCCAGCAAGAGAAUUCUUCCUGUCAGGAGUGACUCCAACGUGCCCAUGAAGAUCAGGUUGCAAAGAACGAAGAUGCCCAGCGUUACCCGCAUCCUUCAGCAAACCCUCUCUCCUCAGCAAGUCUUCUAUCUGGAAAGAUGGAAGCAGAAAAUGAUAGAGGAGCUUGGAAAAGAGGGAUUUGAAGAGUAUACCAAAAAUCUUUUUCUCCAAGGAGAGCUCUUCCAUUCAGCUUUGGAAUCGAUAUUCCUGUCUGAAGAGACAGCAGCUAGGGACCAGGGUGAGGAUGAUGUCGUGGCUGGCUACUUAUCCAGUGUGGAGCGUGUCUUGCAAGACAUCAGCGAGGUGAAGGCUCUGGAGAGUGGAGUUCACCAUGAGACCCUGCAGUACCUGGGCCUGGUUGACUGCGUGGCCAAGUAUCAGGGCCAACUGUGUGUGAUAGACUGGAAAACUUCAGAGAAGCCAAAGCCACUUCUGCAGAAUACUUAUGACAACCCGUUACAGGUUGCAGCAUAUAUUGGAGCCAUAAAUCAUGAUGCCAAUUAUGACUUCCAGGUUCGCUGUGGGCUCGUCGUGGUUGCCUACAAGGACGGCUCCCCAGCACAUCCGCAUUUCAUGGAUCCUGACCUGUGCUCUCAGUACUGGAAUAAGUGGCUCUUGCGCCUGGAGGAGUACAUGGACAAAAACUGACCCAGGCUGAGCACAAGCAAGUGGCCAGAGACAAAGGAAGAACCUUUUGUUUAAAUGUACCACUUUCAUGUUCUUUUUUUGAGUAACUUUGGCUAAUUUCUUACUAGCAGGGCUCCCUUCUCUCCCCUCUAUUUCCUUAUAUUGUAGGUGACCUCAGUGGUCCAGGCAGAAAAAAACCAACUUAUUUGGCCUCUCUUUUUUAUCCCACACAGUUUAUACAGCCAGGGGUUGAUAGAAAAGUUUCUACUAUCAAGUAAAACUGCUUGAUCAAAUAAUCUUUUUUUUUCCCUUUAAAAAUCACAAAUGAAAGUUGCAGAACUGAGUCUUUAAAAAUGACGUUUGUGAACUGAAGCAAAAAACCAUCUGUGAUGUAUGAGCUGAGAGAAAUGCAAAUGAUAAAGAAGUGGGUAUAGUAGACUGGGUUUCAGUCAGUUCUUGCUCAUGCCAUCAUCAGGCAUGAGCAAGAACUGACUGAAAUGUUAUAAUUUGUGGUUUUUCUUAGAGCUACAACUGGAAAACCUGUGCUGAGAGCUACAAUGAAAGUCCUCAUUAGUUCUCAUUUAGAACAGCACAGCAAAGUGGCCACUUAGCAGAAGUGGCUCAGCAAGAGAGGAGCAGAAUUGGAGCCAACACUCCCAGAAAUUUCCAGCGAGUGUUCUGAGAGGUGGGAAUGUUGGCUGCUGCUGGUGGCUCCUCCUGCAGGUGUUUUAGCGCCCAGCCCACAGAAAAGCAUUGUGAGAUGGGCUGUGUGCCUUGGCUUGGGAGCUCUCCUGACUCUGCUGUGGGCCUGAGCACGCCCUGUGGAACAAUCCUCAGUGCCACAUGAAUGAGUUUCUGUAUCAAAGCAGGCCUGUGGCUGUGAAGCUGGGCCUUCUGAGGGGUGAAGAGCUGCUGGUUGGGUUUUGGGGGCUGUUUUUUAUGGGUUUCUCUUUGUUUUUUGGUUUGGGUUUUUUUUUCCAAAUAAGUUUGUGAAUUAAUGUUUUGAAACUGAAUUUUUACUUUUGAAGCACAUAAAAUCAAGUCUGUAAAGCAGAGAAUAAGCCUUGAUCAUGUCAGGCAGUAUUGUUCUGGAAAUUUUUUUUCCUCAUUCUCUUUGUCUUCUAUGACUUGUAUGUGUGAGUUUUCACAAUAACAAUGCAGCUUACAAAUAAAUUUUUGACCAACCCCUGAGCUUCAAGAAAAUCAGCCAGAACCCCUUGCCUGGGGAAGGCUGCCAGCAAAGCCAGUUUGUAAACACAAGUCCCAGCUGAGUCUGUACCUCAGAGAGCCAGGAGGAGGCAGACAGCCUUCAAAAGACAGCAGUGGUGGGAGUCACUGUGUCUGGCACUUCUGAAAGCCUGGCUGCUGCCUUGGGCACCCCUGGCUGAGCUGUGGAGCAUUGCUGGAGCAGCACAAGCUGGUUUGUCCUGUAACAGGACUGGCAGGUGGCUGUCACCAGUGUCACACAAACCCAAACACACUCUGUGACCAGUUUCAAUUAAGCUGCCAGACUGUUAAAGUGAUACACCCAGGGCACUGCUACAGGCACUGUCUGUCCUCUGCAGAAAAACUUGCUGGGCAGCCAGGGCAGUUACCUAGCUCUGACAUCCAGAGCUUCACUCUCCAACCAGGAUGGCUUUUUCCCUGGAGCCUGCUAGCUGCUCCCUUUCUCUUUUGCUGUGAAUCCUUUCUGUGCCCAGCUCACCGUGCCUGUGGUUCUGUCAGCAGGGAUGUGCUGUGACAGUGACACUGAAGGGAGAGCAAAAGCAACAUGUGGUGCUGGAAGGAUAAAAAAACAACCCAUGCACGCAGGUACACAAACAAAACAUGUCUCUGGCUGGAGAGGAAGGGUUCAGCCCCAGCUCUGCUGUGCAAGGGAAGGGCUGAGGUUUCAGCAGAGCUGAGCACAUGAAUCCCCUGCAGUCAGGUGAACAUUAAUCCCAUUGCAGAGCAACCUUCCCUUUACGCUGCUCAGUUAUAAG